UCCUGGACACGUCGACCUAUCUACUUUAUACUGACCACCGUAGCCCUAAGUGCUAACCAAGAAAAAUAUUGCAAAAAUGGAGACAUUAUACGGUCUACCGUUUGCGGUUUUAGAAUGCCCAAACAUCAAACUAAAAAAGCCCUCGUGGUUCCACAUGCCAUCAGCAAUGACGGUUUAUGCCAUCGUUAUUGUGUCAUAUUUUCUCAUCACUGGAGGAAUAAUCUACGAUGUUAUCGUGGAACCACCCAGUGUCGGCUCAAUGACCGAUGAACAUGGGCACCAGCGGCCAGUUGCCUUUUUAGCAUACAGAGUGAACGGCCAGUACAUCAUGGAGGGAUUGGCCUCCAGCUUUCUCUUUACGAUGGGGGGUCUUGGCUUCAUCAUACUAGACCGCUCCAAUGCUCCCAACAUCCCCAAACUCAACCGCUUCCUGCUGUUGUUCAUCGGAUUUGUUAGCGUGCUCCUGAGCUUCUUCAUGGCCAGAGUCUUCAUGAGGAUGAAGCUACCUGGAUAUCUGAUGGGUUGAAGAAGAUUCGAACACAGCAGUUGUGUGGACCCUGCAGGCAGCUGUAUAUUCAGGCUUAGCUACAGUCUUAAGCCUCAAUGGAAUCCAGACAGUUUAAAAAUGAAAAAGCAUUGAACUGCACCAAGAAAACACAUCUAUGAUUUCCCUCCCUGGUGAUAAUACUUAGAUUUCCCUUUAAGAUUGUUGUCUUUAACCAUUCUGUAGGAGAUGAGGAGAGGAAGCUGUGUGAUCGGUUGAGAUGCAACAAUUUUUUAGGGAGUGGGCACUUUUCUUAAAUGAAGUUAUUAUUGCCACCAAGCAAAUGUUAGUGGGGUUUGCAGCAAUUUUUCAAUUGAUGUUUUGUAGACAUGUUCUUGAAAAUGCCUUUAAGCAUGUUGUGACUUUUUUUCUACUAAGACUGGAAACAUUUUCUUUCCAGAAUCAAACGGCAAUAGUAAUAAAUAAUUAUGUAU